AUGAGGAUUGGACAUAUCAAGGCUGCUACAGGGAUAGCCUUUUCAACCGGGCUCUUCCUAUAUCACUACGCAGGUGUCGAAAACGGUUUCGAAUGCUGGUGCGGAAACACAAAGCCGUCGGAUAUUGCUUGGGACGGUCGAUGCAUUAUCCCGUGCUCUGGUGCCUUCCUCACGGAGAUUUGCGGUGGUGUUCUUGGUCUUGGUGUAUACGAAAAGGCUCCUAGGAGUACCACCGUCGUCACAGCCUAUACAACCACAACAAAUGUAGUGCAAACCUACGCCACGGUGGCCACGCGUACAACGCUCGUCACUGGAACUGGGUCGUACAACCAGCCAGUGACCGGCACAGCGGCCAUUGUCGCGCCUGCAACGUACACGACCACUAUUCCGGUUCCUAUCACAGUCACUACAACAGAUGUGAUUCCGUACACGACGACUGAAGUGGUGGUCGGUGAUGUCACUCUGACCUCUACCGUGUACACCCCGGUCACAACAAGCACCACCCUCGUUGUACCAGUUUCCGGAUCUACGAGCUAUCCAGUACCUCUCACUGGUACGACGACGGCGGACGUUCUCCUCACAGGUUCAACUACGGAAUACUUCCCGGCUACUCAAACGACGACAGUGUACCAACCUAGUACAGCAAUUCGGCUAUAUUCUGGACACUACGAGAUGCAUCCUCUAAUCUAA